AUGGUGGUUACGAUUGGUUAAGUACAUCAUGGAGGAAUACAAAUAAGAAUAUAGAAUAUUAUAAUUAUUAUUAUUAUUAUGUUAAUUCGUCCAUGGGUUACGUGUUGUGACGCCUCUGGUUUUAGUAAUUUUUACUGCAUAUAAUAUUUCAAUCCAAAAGUCCCUAAGUGUAAUUUGAACACAGUAUUUAAACGUGAAAAAUUUAUGUGAAUAAAACUAACCUAUUUAAAAACAUGAAAAAACCGGGAAAUGGUGGGAACGUUUUUCUCAUAAAAUAUAUAUCUUCGUGCAAAAAUUAAGAACAUUUAAUACAUUAUUCUCAGAAUGUGUGACAAAUACUUGCUGUCUUACUACAAUGAAGUCAUAAGGGAUAUUUUAAAAGAAACUGAUGUAACCAAACAUUUUUCUGUUAAUAUCAAUUUUGUAGAAUUGUCCGGAAACGAUCCAAACUUGGGGAAUAAUUUCUUACGAGCUCCAGAGAAGUCACUUGAAGAAUGGAACGGAGCUCUACACAAAGUACAAACAAACUUGACGUCACAAUCUGAGGAAAACUACACGUUUAAGAAAAAUGCCCACUGCCGAAUUUAUAGUUUGCCUUUAUAUCCAGAAUUGCAUCGAAUUAAAUUUCCUCAAAAUGAUGACACCAACAAGUUUUUGCAAGUUUCAGGCACUGUUGUUAGAAUGACAGCUGUAAAGAUGUUGGAGUAUCAACGCCAGUAUAUUUGCACGAAGUGUAAGUACGUCAUGAUGGUUAUGGCAGAAUUUGAAAUGAAAAAUAUUAUCACACCUCCAAAGAAGUGUGGAAAUCCUGAAGAAUGUAAAGGAACAAAUAUAGUCAGUAUGGGGGAAUUAAAUGCUGAAUUUUGUAAAGAUUACCAGGAAAUAAGAAUGCAAGAAACUGUUAGCAAACUUGAUGUAGGUUCAAUGCCAACUUCAAUGUGGGUGACUUUAGAAGACGACUUGGUGGAUUCUUGUAAACCAGGGGAUAACAUCACUGUUUGUGGUUUAGUCAAAAGAAGACAAAAUCACUUCUAUGUUGGCAAAAAAAUGGAAAUUGAGUUGGUGAUCAAAGCGAAUCAUGUUCAAGUAAAUAACAAUAACGCAUCUGCACUUUCACUGACACCUGAACUUAAGGAUAUGUUUCAAGCUUUUUGGAAAACUUAUGCCGACAUGCCCCUAGCGGCUAGAGACAUUAUAUUGAAAUCAAUCUGCCCACAACUUUUUGGACUCUAUAUAGUUAAAUUAGCAACAGCUGUAGUAUUAGCAGGCGGAAGUAGUCUUCAUAACACUUCUAAUACUGGCGUAAGAGUACGCGCUGAACCGCACUUAUUGUUGGUAGGUGAUCCCGGAACGGGUAAAUCGCAACUGUUGAGAUUUGCUUCUAAAAUUAUUCCUAGAUCAGUACUAACAACUGGGGUAGGAUCAACAGCGGCUGGUUUAACUGUUACUGCUGUUAUGGAAAAUGGAGAGUGGCAACUAGAAGGUGGGGCUCUUGUGAUGUCAGAUGGUGGUAUUUGUUGUAUUGAUGAAUUUAACACAAUGAAAGAACAUGAUAGAACUAGUAUUCAUGAAGCAAUGGAACAGCAAACAAUUAGUGUGGCUAAAGCAAGUAUUGUGUGCAAACUUAGUACAAGAUGUUCAAUAUUAGCGGCAACCAAUCCUAAAGGUAAUCUUGAUCCGUCACAAUCACUAAAUAUGAAUGUCGCUCUUGCAAGCCCUUUAUUGAGUCGUUUUGAUUUAAUUUUACUCCUUCGAGAUAAACUUGAUGAGGAAUGGGAUUCUCAGCUUGCUGAUUAUAUUUUUCAAUCUUUUGAGAACUGCAAUUCUUCGAAAUUAACGGAGAAUAUUAACUGGACUAUAGAAAUUUUGCAAGCGUACUUCGCUGUUAUUAAAAAAAUCCAUCCCGUUUUGACAGAAGAUUCAAAUAAAAUUUUAAGUGGUUAUUACCAAAUUCAAAGACGAAAAAAUUGUCGGAACAAAUCUCGUACCACAGUUCGUCUUCUAGAUAGUUUGGUCAGGUUAUCGCAAGGGCAUGCCCGUCUGAUGUAUCAUGAAGAAGUAGAAAUAUUAGACGCAAUUAUCGCAGUGAUAUUGGUUGAAACAGCUAUGGAAACUGAAUCUUCAGUAUUCAACUUACGUUUUAAUCUUAAGAAUGAUUUUCCCCAAGAUCCAACUAGUAACUACAGAGAAGUUAUGGAAAUUGUACUUAAACGAUUAGACCUUCAUGAUUUGCUAGAAAGAGAGCUUGACAGAAUAAAUAAUGGAAGCAAACGAUCCAAUAAGUCGGAUCCAGGUACUGGAAAGAGUAAUUUGCUUUCUGAAGACGUAAAGUCUAAAUUUUUCCGUGUCCAAAAAGCAUCUGAAGAAGAUAUUAAACAGAAUGGCAAAACUUACGAAGAAAAUGCUAAACAAGUAAAUAAUAAAUCAAUUAGUGCUGAAAAUGUGAAAAGGGACCAGAACAUAGAGUUACGUUUGGAACACCCAGGCGUUAAAAUAGAUGAAAAACAAAUUAAUUUUGAGGCAACAAAAAAUAUAGUUCAACAAGAAAGUAAAACAAAAAGAACUAAAGUAUCCAAUGCAAACGCUACUACUACAAAAAUCCAUGACAUAGAAUGCCAAUCCAAAGACAUACAAAUUGUAAAAAAUAAUGUCAGUAAUGUAACUAAAGGAGACAACAUUAAUAUUUGCGACAAAGAAAAUGUAGAAUGUAUUAAUUUGAAUGCGAAAAGAAAAAAAACUAAAAAUAACAUUAAUCCAAAGAAAAUAAAAUUAAAAAACGAAGAAAAUGAAUUGCAUCAUGACUUGGCCGCGUUGAAAUGCAUGCCUAGUGUUAAUGAUAUUUUUAACAUGGAUGAUUAUGAUCUAAAUGACCCUGGUUUAAAUUUUGAAGAAAAUAGAAACGAAAAAGACAGUGAUGAUCAUGAGAACGUAUCUGGAUUGUGUUCCAAAAUCAACGAAAGUAGUGAAACAAAAGCCAUAGGGGAAACAAAAAAUAAAACGGAUACAAAUGGGGAGCAAAUUUCAAAAGUUUUAUCACAACGUAUAAGAACUAAGAACUUCUUGAGUAAGUUUAAAUUUAUUCCAAAAGAAAGUGGGCCAUCCACUGUCACCACAGACGACAAAUCACUUCAAAAUAAUACGAAUCACAAUUUUGUUAACAUGGCUGGUGAGGACGAUCAAGUUAAUAUGCAGUAUAAAAAUUCUGUAUCAGAGAGAUUGUCGAAUAAUCAGUUAGUUAUAAAUGAUACUGAUACUAAUGAUUUGAAUGACAUUUCUUUUAUGAAUGUUGUGUCUAGUACACAAACAGAAAAACCCGCGAUGUCUGAAGAAAAAAGUAACAAUUCAUUUGAAAGUGGAAACGUUGAUUUUGACAUAUCUUUAGUAAGUGCUAAACGUAGCACCAAUUCAGAAAACACCACAGAUGAUACACUGUUAACAACUAACAAACCUACAACCACAAAAAAGUUCGACUUCAAAAAAGUAUGCAUUUCUGAUAAGUUAAAACCACAAUCUGAUGUUCUUCAUGCACCGUCUUCAAUUUUCGAAAGUCAAGAAGACAUCGAUAAUUUGGAUCUAGACUUAUAAGAGUUUUUUGUUAUGUAACAUAAUAGUUAGAAAAUACAUUUAUUUGUUUGUAUGUAUAAAAUACACUUACUGUAACGACAUUAA